AUGACUUGUAGUGAAAUUCGCCUUGAAUGUAUCGUGGUGAGUACGGCUGGAGCGAAAUCGGCCAUAGAUGAACUGCUUCAACGUCUUUUUGACACUCUCACCUGGACACUUCGACUCAGCAUCAAUACCAAAUUACAAGCCAUUCAGCAGUUCCUCACUCAGGCAAUUAAUGUUCUCAGCUCACGUCCUCAAUCCGUAGAUGAAGUGGCGGAGGCGAACGCUCGUCACACCGAAUAUAAUCGCACUAAUAAGGAGUUAAAAGCUUCAUGGGCAGUGUUGAACGAGCAGCACACUCUGCUACGAUCGGUGGCAGGCAGCGGAGUCGAUCAGAUGUCUUCACUUACCGACCAAUGGGAGAAAUUCGAAUUGAUGUUGGACAGCCAUCAGAUGAUGAUCAAAGAGCAGGUGGAAGUGCUGAAAUCCAACGUCGAUGUUCGCGUGAAAGCAUUGAAUGAUGAAUCAGAAAAGCUCUUAGCCAGAUGGAAUCAAUUCAAACCGAAAAGCGAUGCACUGCAAGGAGAUCGGCAGGCAAUGCUCAAAGCAAUCGAAUUCAUCAAGGAAAAGCGACUGGAAUACGACGAGUUGACUGCUAAAAGGGAAAAACUUGAGUACGUAGGGCUUAGACUACCUAAUGGGGCAAUCAACAACUGGGUAAUUUACGAAGAGUUCAAUGCAGAGCUCCAAACACUCGCCGAUGAGGAAUGGAUCGUCUUCAGAAGUAAGACGUACUUAUUUGACGAGUUACUGCAAAAAUGGAUGGAAAAAUUGAAAUCGGCGCAACAAACUCAUAUGAGUGUUCGGCUGUUGAAGGAGAUCGAUACGUUCAGGGAGUUCAGUGGUUGCCUGAAGUUUUGUCGGGGUGAGAUGCUGAGUACAGAUCAUUGGUUGGAGAUGUUUCGACUUCUUCAGCUGCCCAGAGGUACAACUCUGGAGAAGCUACGGUUUGGCGACUUGAUCUCUGUUGCUCCCAAUGUCAUCCAAAAUGUGGAACAGCUGAAGGCGCUGAAUGCGAAAGCUCAAGGAGAGGUGACAAUCAGAGAAGCAAUUCAGGAGCUCGAAAUGUGGGCAGCUCAGGCGGAGUUCUCAUUUUCUGACUACAAGCACUCAAAUGGUAGCAACAUGAAAGUUAUUCGUGACUGGAAGGAAUCGAUCAAUUCAGUGAAAGACAGUCAGGCUUUAUUACAAUCGCUGAAGAACUCACCUUUCUAUGCUCAGUUCAGCGAUAAGACCAAUGUUUGGGAGACAAGGCUCUCCGACUUAGACGUCUAUCUCCCACAAAUGAACGACAUCCAAAGAAAAUGGAUUUAUUUGGAGCCCAUUUUUGGCCGCGGUGCACUGCCAGCUGAAGCAAGCCGCUUUGCUCGUGUGGAUAGCGAGUUCCGACUUAUUCUAGCAGAUGUGGUUCGAGACGCUCGUCUGGUCUCCCUAUGUAGUCGACAUUCGCUAAGGAAAAGUCUUGAACAGAUCAUCGACCAGCUGAACCGGUGUCAGAAGGCGCUCAAUCAAUUUUUGGAGGAAAAACGCUCUGCGUUUCCGAGGUUUUACUUUUUGGGCGAUGACGAUCUGUUAGAAAUUCUUGGACAAUCCACGAAUCCAACAGUGAUUCAAUCGCAUUUGAAGAAACUUUUCCAGGGGAUCGACAAGGUUGUGUUUGGUGCUAACAAUGAGACAAUUUCCGCAAUGCUAUCUGUUCAAGGAGAACACGUACCACUUAGUCGUCCUGUACGAGUUGUUCCACAGGUUGAGGUUUGGCUCCAAAACCUUUCUGACGAAAUGCGAACAACCCUGAAAAAACUGUCAGUAGAAGCAAUUCGCGAAGAAAAUGUGGAUCCAGCCAGGUAUCCGUCGCAAGUCCUCUGUCUUGCCGAACAAGUUCGCUUCUGUCGGGAUUGUGAGCAGGCUUUGGAUGGCUCGAGAGAUUUUGCCAAACUAAAGGCAGCUCUACAAGAGCAACUGAAAACGUACACGAACACGAAAGUCAGCGAUGUUGUGUUGGAUCUCAAAUUAAAGGCACUGAUUCUUGACCUUAUACACCACAUUGAUGUCGUGGAUCAACUCAUCAGUAACAAGGCCAGUUCAUCUCAAUGUUGGACAUGGCAGCGUCAGCUUCGUUUCUACCUCGUCGGUGAUGGUGUCGUGGCACGGCAAGUGAACAGUGAAUUCAACUAUACCUACGAAUACCAGGGUAAUACGCCAAAACUCGUACACACGCCUUUGACAGACAAAUGCUAUCUCACCCUUACUCAAGCAAUGUAUAUGGGCCUCGGUGGAAAUCCGUAUGGACCAGCCGGAACUGGUAAAACGGAGUCUGUUAAGGCGCUUGCAUCAUUAUUUGGCCGACAAGUGCUCGUAUUCAAUUGCGAUGAGGGAAUUGAUGUUCAUUCGAUGAGCCGUAUAUUCGUCGGAAUUGUACAGUGUGGAGCUUGGGGCUGUUUUGACGAGUUCAACCGGCUCGACCAGACUGUCUUGUCAGCUGUAUCAAUGCAGAUUCAGACAAUACAGGAUGUGAUCAAAUCGAAAAGUGGUACUUGUGUUUUGGGAGGGAAAACGGCCUCCGUGGAUCCGAACGCAGCCAUCUUCAUUACUUUGAAUCCAGCCGGCAAAGGUUAUGGUGGACGUCAGAAAAUGCCAGAUAAUCUAAAGCAACUAUUCCGUCCGGUGGUUAUGUCUGUACCGGACAAUGACGUCAUUGCUGAAACGAUACUGUAUUCUGAAGGUUUUACGGAUGCGAAGAACCUGGCUCGAAAAAUUGUUACCAUAUUCAAGUUGAGCAAAGAGAUGCUCUCCGCUCAACAGCAUUACGAUUGGGGACUACGAGCUCUCAAGGUAGUUCUACGUGGAUGUGGUGACAUUCGAGCGGCGAAGCCGGAAGCUAAUGAGACCGAGACGGUUGUCCAGGUAGUUCUACGUGGAUGUGGUGACAUUCGAGCGGCGAAGCCGGAAGCUAAUGAGACCGAGACGGUUGUCCAGGCGCUUCUUCUCAACACGCUCUCCAAGCUCACCUUUGCUGAUUCGAAACGUUUCAGUGUCUUAAUUGAUGACGUAUUCUCAACAGUUAACAAAGAGAUGACUACGGUAAGGAAAUCUCUUCAGAAGCAGCAUCUGACCUCACCAUGCAGUUUUGGUGACCUGGUGGAACCACUCAAACAAGCGUCUGAAGAGAUGAAUAUUGAACUGACGUCGAAGCAGCUCCAAAAAGUCUUCCAACUACAUGAACAGCUUCGUCAACGGAUUGGUGUCGUUGUGGUAGGCCCAACUGGUGCAGGAAAAUCAACUAUUUGGCGGGUUCUACGACGAGCACAGCUACUGGCUGGAGUAGCGCUGCAUACUGUAUCCUUCAAUCCGAAAGCCAUGAAUAGGACAAAGCUACUCGGUCAUAUGGAUAUUGAUACUCGUGAAUGGUCGGACGGGAUUCUCACUAUGGCAGCUAGAGAGGUGAUCAAAGAUACAAGCGUUCAUCAAUGGAUCAUAUUCGACGGUGAUAUCGAUCCAGAAUGGGUAGAAGCACUGAAUUCGAACGCAGACAAAAUAACAAAAGUGUUUAGCGAAGAGGAUGUAUCAGCAAAGGAGGUAGUAUCGCAAUGGAUCAAAAGUCUAUCCGAGUCCGAACAUCCAGAUCUUCCCGAUUGGAUCGAUCAGCAUUUCUACAGAUGCUACGAUUGGUGCGUAUCGGCUGGAUUGGUUAAUGGUAUCGGCAAAGUGGCAGCCAUUCAUAAUGGCCUUAGUCAUUUGAGAUAUCAAGACGAUCUUGGUAUGGGUGUCAAGUUAGACGAACUGAAGGCGGACACGAAACCUUUCAUUCUGACAGCUCCAGCUCAGUCAAACAAAGAUACCGUUCUGUCAUGGCUCAAAGGCUCCAAUCGACAGCCAUUCGUCGUUGUUGGACCAGAUGGAUGUGGAAAGGAGGAGUUGUUGAAACACUGCUUCGGUGAGGAUAAUGAUAGCCAACUAGCCAUUGUGCACUCCAGUGCACAAAGCGGGGCGUCCGCCAUCUUACAGUGUCUUCAGCAACAUUGCGUUCAGACAAGUAGUGCCACAGGCCGAGUGCUUCGACCAAAGGACAAGCCAUUACUCAUACUUUAUCUGAAGAAUAUAAACUUGCCAGCACCGGAUAAGUAUGGUACAAAUGAAAUGUUAGCAUUUCUGCACCAACUGUUAACCUAUCAUGGCUACUACGACGAUCAUCUUGACUGGAUAGGCUUGGAGAAUGUGCAGUUUUUCGAUGAAUGCAAAAGGGAAGGUCCUGGCCGGGAUCGAACCGGCGACCUUCUGCGUGUGAAGCAGACGUGA